CUCUUUCAGUUGGGAAAAUUUCCAGCUCACACGCAACUCUAAAGCGGAAACUUUUUGUAUUCCUCAUUAAAAGGGUUUUACACUUUUUUUUUUAAGACCAUAAUGGGGGGGGGGUACCGUACAUUUUUGUGCUUCGUCUUUGUGUGUUUGUGUGUGUGUGUGUGUGUGUGUGUGUGUGUGUGUGAAACCAAACCAAAUCUGUUUCUCAUUGCUAGCAAUACUGUAUUGAGAAAAAAAAAAAAAAAAAAACCCGAAUCUCUCACCCAACGUUGCUUUGGGAGUCGCAAGACUCGGUUGUGGAAUGCGAAACGUCUCGACUUUAACAUUUCCUGGUUUGGGUUGGACGUAGGCGUGACGUCACGACACACAGGACUCACAGCCGCAUUGUUGUUGGAGGAAGAGAAGUUCACGAGCUCGGCUCGGCUCGGCUCGCUGCGAUCGUCGAGGGACGCCAGCACCACCGACACAGCCGUCGUCGUUUUGGUUUUUGCCUCGUGUCGCCCUCUACUCGGCGGCUCCGAUCACGCCUACCAACCGACGACUGGAUGUGGAUUUAAGCGAACAGCCGCUCGGGCUCCGCAGGCCUCGCCGCCGCCAUUGCCAGUGCUGCUCCCUUCCUAAAGCUGAAUUCUCGAGAGUAGCGAGCAUCUUGCGGCAUGAAGAAGAAAGCCCGCCACCAGCGCCCGGCGGCCCUGAAGAGGGACUCUUCGCCCAUCAAGCCGUCGCCCAACCGGGAAACGCUGACGUAUGCGCAGGCCCAGCGCAUGGUGGAGCUGGAGGUGGACGGCCGCGUGCACCGGCUAAGCAUCUACGACAAGCUGGACAUCAUCAGCGACGACGACCCCACGGCGCAGGAGAUCCUGGAGUGCAAUAGCAACAAGGAGAACAGCGAAAAGCCCCAGCAGGUCUUAGUCCGCUCAGUGCGCCUCAAGAACAGCCAGCGCAAGAAGAACGCCGCGUUGGCACCCCCGCACAGUACGGCCCACUCCGCCGCCACCCCCCUGCUGGAGCCCAAAGUCAGAACAGUGGAGUACAACCUGCCUGUGGUUCCCAAAAGACCGCCGGCAUACUACAAGUACACGGAGCGAACGGCAGAGGAGCUGGACGAGGAAGUGGAGUAUGACAUGGACGAAGAGGACUACGCCUGGCUCGAGCUGCUCAACGAGAAGCGCAAGAGCGAGGGCAUUAGCCAGGUCUCCAACAACCUCUUUGAGUUCAUUAUGGACCGCUUUGAGAAGGAGUCGUACGCCACCACGCGGGGGCAGAGCGAGCAGCGCUCGUUGGUGGACGAGGACGCCGUGUGCUGCGUGUGCAUGGACGGGGACGGCGCCGACAGCAACGUCAUCCUCUUCUGCGACGCCUGUAACAUCGCAGUGCACCAGGAGUGCUACGGUGUGCCCUACGUCCCCGAGGGCCAAUGGCUGUGCCGCCACUGCCUGCAGCGCCCGGCGCGGCCCGCCGACUGCGUCUUCUGCCCCAACCGGGGCGGCGCGCUCAAGAAGACGGACGACGGCCGGUGGGGCCACGUGGCUUGUGCGUUGUGGGUCCCUGAGGUGGGCUUCUUGGACACAGUGUUCAUCGAGCCUAUCGACGGCGUGCACAACAUCCCGCCCGCCCGCUGGAAGCUGACGUGCUACCUGUGCAAGGAGAAAGGGGCGGGCGCCUGCAUCCAGUGUGACCGUGUCAACUGCUACGCCGCCUUCCACGUCAGCUGCGCCCAGAAGGCCGGCCUCUUCAUGAAGAUGGAGCCCAUCAGGGAGGAGACGCAGCCCGGCGCCUUCUCCGUCAAGAAGACCGCGUACUGCUGCAGCCACACGCCCGACGGCUGCGACCGGCGCCCGCUCAAUGUCUACGAGCGACCGCGCCCCAAGAACGGCGCUUGCCACAAGCGUGGCGACAGGCGUGGCAGGGCCCGUGCCAAGGCUUGGCACAGGAAGCGCAGCAAGCGGGCGGAGCCGCUGCCCCGACCGCAACCGGAAGCUGAGGGCCCUGGCAAUUGUGGACCCUCUAUCGGCGCUUCCAGUUUGGACACCAUCCUUAACCAGGUGGCUGUCCAGAGGAAGCGACCGUUUGUGGAGCGCGUUCUGAGGUACUGGGUGUUGAAGAGGCAGUCUAGGAACAACGUCCCGCUCAUCCGCCGCCUGCAGGCCAACCCGUCUCACACGCUCAAGUCUGCAUCGGCGGAUCGCGCGGAGAGCAACCAGGUACUGAAGGAACAACUGAAGGAGUGGCACAGACUCCGACAUGACCUGGAACGCGCGCGACUUCUGCUGGAGCUCGUCAGGAAGCGAGAGAAGCUCAAGAGGGAGGAGAUGAAGCUGCAGCAGUUGGCGCUGGAGGUCCAGCUGACCCCUUUUAACAUCCUUCUAAGGGCCGUGCUCGGCCAGCUACAGCAGAAGGACCAGUACAAUGUUUUUGCUCAGCCCGUCAGCACCAAGGAGGUCCCAGACUAUUUGGACCACAUCAAGCAGCCCAUGGACUUCUCCACUAUGAGGAUGCGGAUCGACGGCCACACCUACCGCAGCCUGGAUGAUUUUGAGGCUGACUUUGACUUGAUCAUCGCCAACUGCAUGAAGUACAACGCAAAGGAGACCUUCUUCUACAAGGUGGCCCAGAGGAUGCAGGACCACGGCGGGGUCAUCCUGCGCCGCGCUCGCAAGGAGGCCGACCGGAUUGGCUUCGACUUUGCCAGCGGAUUAAUGCUGCCCGACGCCCCUAAACUGGAGGUGCCGGCGCCCUUCACCUGGGACGACGUGGACCACCUGCUGAGCCCCUCGUACCGGCACCUGACACCACUAGAGGAUCAGCUGAAGGAGCUCCUAGAGAAACUGGACCUAAGCACAGCCAUGAGGAACAGUCCGUCACGCAGCAAGAGGCUCAAGCUGCUCAAGAAGACCAUCACGGAGGUCCGUAGCGAGAUGAGCCUCAAGAAGUCUUUACCAUCGUCGCAACCAGUCGCCGCCCAACCACCGCCCGAACCUCCGGAGUCUCCCAAGGUGAACGGCUCCACUCCACCGAGGUUAGAACUUCCGAUGUUGGCGACGCAAGCGGAAGCACCGCUUCCCUUCCUGGGACCGCCCUCCCUGAAGCCGGUGGAGUGCGCCCCCACUGAGCCGGGCGAUGUCACUUGCACCUCACCUACCUCAUUGGCCUGCCCCAAGCUCAACGGGCACCUCCACAUCGACCACGAAACCGAGCGAAGGACUGACGUCCUCUUCUGCAAGUCCAAGAGCGUCAGUCCGCAGAAGGUGCCCAAAGAUCAGGAGGCAUCCGUCGUCCCCUCGCCGUCUUCGCCCCCGCCUCUGGGCGCCAAAACCUUCCUGUCUGUGGUCAUCCCUCGACUGGAGACGCUCCUGCUGCCCAAGAAGAGGCCGAGGAGCAGCAGCGUUGACGGCGAAGAAGACGACGAGUCGCCCAUCAAGCGUCUGGGCACAGGCAUCGCCAAUGGCUUUGUGGUGGAGGAACAGGCAGAAGCCUCGCCACCUCGAUUGUUCGAACCUCGACGCCGCUGUGCGUCCGAGUCCAGUAUCUCUUCGGGGGGCAGCGCCCUUUCGGGCAUCAGCACUGGAGCGGUCUCCAAAAGCGGCAAAGGCCGACCGGCAGCGCCUCGACGCAACACGGUGGACAACAAGAGUGUUCAUGUGUCCCGCGCCGAAAACGGAGAGUUCAGCAAUGCCGUCAAGGUCUCAUCAGAGGCAUGGAAGCCCUCGGCCGCCUUCCCCUUUGUCGUGGAGCCUCUUAAGAUAGUUUGGGCUAAAUGUAGUGGAUAUCCCUCCUAUCCCGCCCUGAUCGUGGACCCGCGAACGCGCAGGACGGGCCGCCCUCCCCGGUGCCAGAGCAGCGGUGCGGCGACGGGGGCGGAGGUUCCUCGCCCGUCGCGGGACGUGCUCCGAGCCGGCGAACGGAUGCAGUUCAGGUCCGCCGAGAAACUCUUCCUCGUCCACUUCUUCGACAGCAAGCGCAGCUGGCAAUGGCUUCCUAGAUCCAAGAUGUCCCCGUUCGGCGUGGACCGCAGUCUGGACCGGGUCAAGCUGCUGGAGUCCCGGCGCUCUCACCUGCAGAAGUCGGUGCGGCGAGCCUUUGAGCGGGCCACCAAACACCUUGAGGGCGGCCGGCGGGAGAGCGACGCCCGCUGAACGCCGACGGCGCCCGGCUCCGGUCGCGCCUCUCUCCUGGUUUUGGUUUUGGUUAGGGUUAGCUAACCCUAACCUCGGCCACCGUCGCGCGCAAGCAUCUGACGUACUGUAACCUGCGGCGGCAGUCUCGUUUUGUCCCCCGGAGCUAUGCAACGCGACCAAACAACCGAGCUAGCGACGAAUGUGUCCUACGAGACGGCCUCACGUGUGCUGCAACUGUCGUACUGUUACCGCUGGGCGUGUGCGCGCAUGCGUGUACGGGAGUGUAUGUCUGCGUGCGUGUCACACAUGUCGCUGUAAAUGUUUUUGUGUGAAAUGUGUAUGCGCGUCUGUGUGUAUACAUGCCUGUGGAACUGCGUGUGUGUUUACACUCGCACGUGUGUGCGCGCACGUGUCAGCUAGCGUCAAUAAAGGGGACCUUACGUGACGCUUAUUUACUUGUAAUGGGACAUUCUGAGGUGACAACGGAUGCCGCCAGCUUAUGGUGCUAUCUCAUUCGGGGUUUUUUUUUGUUUUUUUUUUUUUCGUUUUGACUUUUUCUUUUUUAAAUUAUUGACUUCUCAAGCUAUUGCGUCUGGCGUUAAUUUUGUUUUAUAAAGGGUUUUUACAGGACUACUCAUUUGUACAUAUUGAUAACUAUAGAGAGACAUUUUUCUGAAGUGGUGCAUAAAAAAAAAAAAUCAUCAGCAGUCUCUCCGCAAGUUCACCCAUUAUUAUAAUAGUUUUUUUUUUUUUUUUUUUUUACUGAAGUGUUUUGGGAACUAGUGGAGCGAGCGGAAUGUGCCUGUGCUUAUUUAUUGUGAAGUGGAUCAUAUCGAGAUGUAAAUGUAUAUGAUUGACUUUCUAGUGAGUCAAUUGUGGGGACACAUUUCAAAGGAGGCAGAAGAUCGUCUCCCGGCUUUUGAUUUGACAGGGUAAAGCGCUUGCUGGGUUGACUUCCCCGUUUUCUUUUAGUGUGUGUGUGUGUGUGUGUGUGUGUGUAAAUAAUUUUUGGUACUUUAGCUCUGGGAAUGAAAAAAGGUCAUUAUAGCCAAUGGGUGUGGAAACCAUCCUUGUUUUUAUACGAAACACAGAAAAAUUAAAAUCUGAAUCGAGUCACUGUGUCUAUUUUAUCACGUUUCAAGUUUUUCAUCCACGUGGCGGGCAUUAUUGAUAUUUUUUAACAGGAACGCUUUCUAAUGAUAUUUCCAGUAUCUAUUUUUGACCACGAGGGGGAGCUGCUGUGGUAAUUAACUGGUGAAGUGAGAAUCUGCACUCCCAAUUUAUUUAUUUCAUAAUUAAAGCAGCGGAAAUGUUAGGAAUUCCUUUUGAGAGGUGACUGUCAACCUCAUCAUCGAGGAUAUUUCAAAUGUUUUAGUUUCUUUUCCGGAGGUGAAGACUGCUGUCCAAAAGAUGAGUAGCUAAUUUAAGAUCGUCCUCCAAAAUAAAUAUAUUUACACAAGCUGCUAACGCGGGGGCUCGGGCAAAGAUUGUUGCUAAAAGUGAUUGAAAAUAAAUGUAUAGAGAUGAAUUAAAUUGAAAUACAACGUUUAACAGCUGAAUGGUGUUAGUUUUAAAUCAAAGACAUUUGUACCUUUUUUUUCAUUGGUUGGUUGGAGAUUAAAAAAGUCA